GUGGUCUUUAAAAACUAUUCACAGGAAGAUUUAAGCUAGCCCGCAAAACCGAAGAAGAAGAAAAACUAUUCGGACGUUUGUGAAUUCCGGUUGAAACUGUGCACCGCACUGCAUUUCCAGAUUGUCGAACCCCAUUCAAGCAUGAGCGCCACGUUGGUAAAUAUUGCCGAGGAGGAUUUCUUCGGCACCGUCAUUAGGUACGGACUGUACGUGGGGGCAAUAUUCCAAAUGGUCUGCUUGGCUGCAUGCAUUGUUUUGCCGGACUCUUCCUCCGGAAAUGGCGACCCCGGAUGCUGGUCACCGAAGAACAACGAUAGUGAAGACUCCAGCUCGGAACAUUCAUCGCCUCAGAAUACCCCCAGACGGCCGUACCAUCGCAGCCGAAAGCAGGACAAAAAGAAGCGUCGUUAAAUCUUCAUUCGCUGUACCCGUUUGGAACAACAAACUGAAGACUUUGCAACACUCCACUAAAGCGUUAUUAACGUUUAAACGCCACGUAUUCUUUUUGAACUCGUUCAAGCUUUGCGUCAUUCAUUCAGACUGCUUCAGAAUUCCUUAAGAGUCGUUCCAAUCUCAGAAUAGUACUUACGCUAUCUUAUUGUAGCCUAUUGAUGUGCUUCUUAAAUACUAUAAAACUGUGUAAUCCGUUCGUAUACAUGUAAUAGUGUAUUUUCGUUUUAUAAAAUACAUUUAAAUAGUAGUAUGUA